AACAACAAAAUCAACGCACUGGCUUUUUUAGUGCCAUACAUAAAAUUAAAGAAAUCUAAGGUUCUCAUAAUAUAACAAGAAUGGUGGCUUUAGAAACCAUUGAAGUGCUACUUGGUGUUUUUGCUUUCUUUUGUGCUCAAAGCCACAGUUUCACCGUUGAUAUCAUCCAUUCCCAUUCUCUAAACUCGCCUUUUUACAACCCUUCAAAGUCAAGGGCCGAGUAUGCAAAGGACACUCUUCUCCAAUCCCAAUCACGCAUCGCCCGAAUGAAGCGACAUGCGCCGAAUGCUACCCUGGGCAUCCCUGGCUCUGCCACGGCUAAGUUUGCAACUGACGUUGAAUACGCCAUCGCAUACUACGCCAUGAACUUCUCCAUCGGCACGCCGCCCGUGGAGAGGUUUUCUGCAGUAGACACCGGUAGCGAUCUGACAUGGAUACAAUGCGAGCCAUGUAGAGGAAUAUGCUUCCCACAAGACAUGCCGUUGUUUGACCCGUCAAUGAGCUCAUCGUACACAAGGUUGCCAUGCGACACCCCGUUAUGCCUCGGGGAUGGCUCGUAUUCAUGUGACACCUCCACCAACCUAUGUCGUUAUGAUAACGGCUAUAUGGACGCGUCGUACACUCAUGGUGACCUAGCUUACGAUACUCUUAUAGUCGGUGACACAUCCUUCCCGAAUUUCGUGUUCGGGUGUGGUUUCAAUAACUCUGGAACGUUUGCACACCUGACCACCGGAAUUUUCGGCCUCAGCAACGGCAAUAUUUCCUUCAUCAAACAGGCCAACAUUGGGAGGUUCAUGUAUUGCCUUCCAUGGUACUACGAAGCUAAUGUCUCCACACACAUUGCAUUCGACUCUGACGCUGUAAUCGCGGACCCAGACGGUGUCGUUUCAACCCCUAUGGUCGACACAGAAUUUGGGUACUGGGUCACUUUAGAAAACCUUAGUGUCGGGGUAAAACGGUGUUGUGCAAGCCCCUGAACGAGUCGACUGGCAGAGUGCUGGUCGACUCGGGGACCACUGCGACCUACAUCCCAGACGAGUUGCACGAGGCAUUUAUAACAGAGUUAAAAAGUGUG